CCCCAGAACGGGCUGGGGCAGUGGGAUGUGGGAGCAAGAGCUGGUGCUGUCCUUGGGGUCCACACCUCGAGGGGCCCCCCCACUCCUGGGCCCAGGACUACAGGAAGUCGGUGGCUGGCUCUGGAGAGAUGAGAUGCGGGCCUUGGGGCCUUCCGUGGUGGAGGAGCAGGGUCCCCGUCUCUCCCCACGCCUCUCCAAGCCGCGCAGACCCACCUGGGCCAGGCCGGGCUGCAGAGUGAGGCCCCCGGGUCGUGGGGGGCUGCCCAGUGGUUUUGCUGUCGGUCUCUUGUCAGAUUCUUAGUAACUCAGGAAAAUGGAAAGGAAAGCAACUCCUGGAAUGAUUUGACAGUAAGUUGCCCUGAGUGGUCACCGCGUGCCGUGUGCGCGGCUCCUGGUGGAGUCUGAGCGCGCCAGCCCGCGUCGCCCCUCGCAGCUGGGGCGGCGCUAUGGGCCUGCGGUCCAAGCACAGGCCGGGGCUGCCUUCAACAUUGUAAUUCAGAAACAUUCUAGUUGCUUAUGUAUACAUUUUGUCAUUUUAACCAGUUUUAAGUGCACAGUCCAGGGGCGUCCGGCCACUCACACUGUCGUGCGCCGUCCCUCUGUCUGUCCCCUCCGUCCGUCCCCAGACCGUGGUUCUCUGCCCAGACUGGACUGCGUCCCGGUACACACAGGCCCCCUUUCCCAACUCCCGCCCCCCAGCUCGCCCCCGCCCCUCCCCCAGUCCGCAGCCCCAGCCUGCUCUCCGCCUCUUGAGUCUUUUUCUUCCUGCUCUCCCUGUGUUGCGGGAAACACAACAUCGCGUUUGCUAUCUUGACCGUUUUUGAAGUUUCGUGGUUCAGUGGUGCCAAGUGACCGGCCACUGUCCACCUCCGGGACUUGUCCUCAGGCAAGUAGGAAACUGGUCCCUGCCAGACAGCAGCUCCCUUCCCGGUGUCUGUGGGUCCCACGGUCCCGGAGCCUCACGGGGGCCGAUGCUGUGGCGUUUGUCCCUCUGCGUCCGGCUGCUCUCACGGAGCGCGGUGUCCUCCUUCACGGAGCACCGCGUGGGCUUCCACCUUCUAGGGCUGAGCCACGUUCCACGCCGUGGACGGACCACGUCCGCUUGCCCAUUGCUCUGUCGAUGGACACUUGGCUCAUUUGCACGUCUGGGCUUACCGAAGAACGCCGCUGUGAGCGUGGGUGUGCUCUGACGUGUCUGAGCCUUCCUGUGUCUCUUAGGCUCUCUCAGUCUGGAACCUUCCAUGCUCUUUCUUGGCUCUGGAAUCCAGGCCGGUUUUGCAGAAUGCCUCCCAGCCUGGCUUUGUCUGAGGCUGAUGUGCGGUAGCCAGCGGGCUCCCGGCAGUGCAUCUCGGGUGGGGAGGCCGCAGUGCGUGACUGUCCUGUCUGCCGGAGGUGGCCUCAUGUCAUUGGGGGACACUCUGUCUGCUCCGUGUGUUCCCACAGGUGAAGGGCAGUGGGUGCCCUCCACCCGUGGGCUCAUGCCGCACCCCCCCAUCCUGCCUCUGGCCACGCUCCUCUGUGUGUCCCCAGCUCCUUUUCAGGACCCCCUUGAGCCGGUGAGACCUUCUUUUGACUGGACUGACCACGUCUGCAGAGACCGUGGCUUCAGUAAGAUCACAUCGUGAGCCGGCAGUGCAGGGGUGAAGGCCCUGUUCUCGGUCCCGCCAUGCCACCACCUCACUCUCUCCUACCCUUAGUCUCAGAACAGCAGAGCUGGCCCCUGACCCCCUGAGCAGGUGGAUGUCCCUCCGUCCCUGGUUGUGCCUCUGACCUUCCUCCUGGGCUCCCUUCUUCUGGGUGUCGGGGAGGGUGGUCUCCAUCUCUGGAGCAGAGCGGGGGGCCCGCAGGGUUUCCAGCCUGGGAUCGGGCCAGCACAUGUGGAAUCCUGCCCUGGAGUGGGGCCGCCAAGCCUGGUGACCGUCAUGUCUGCCCAGCUUAGAUGGAGGAGAAGGUCCUGUAGCUGGAAGACAGGGCCAUUGCUCCUGCACCAAGAUUUGAUGGGAUUGAGGCAGUCAGCAGAGAGUCCUAGUCCUGAAGGGGGCCAUACACGAAGGUGAAGUUAGCAAAAUAAAAUUAGCCACUCUUGGAAGACAUGUUUCUCUUUGGGAAGAAGGAAGGAAGCCAGCACCUAGGGCUCGAGGAUGGCCAGCAGGACUGCUGGGCUGCCAGCCAGCCCCACGGGGCGCGUUAAGCCAGGUGCACAGGACAGGGGGCUGGGGCUCUGCAUGGCCCGCCGGCCGCCGAGGGGCACUGUGCACCGUGGACCUGUCUCUAGGGCUCUGGGAGGCCCAGAUCUUCCCACUGAUGGCCCCCAGGGGUCAUGGUGUUCUCAGGGAGGUGCUGCCCGGGCCAGGCUGGUGCCUCUCCCUGACUCUGGGUGCCGUGCUCUGGGCUUUAUAGGCAAGGGCACCCCAGGUUGGGGUGCAUGUGGGUCAGCCUCCCCCGGGGUCAGGCUGCUGUCCCCAGUGAGGCAUUGGGAGGAGACAGGAGCCCUGGUGUCCAAGAGGUCCAGCCACCAGCUUAGGGCUGCAGGCCGAGGCCGGCUCCCCUUGUCUCAGACACCUGUGGCCAUUUUAGGAGGGGACCCCCCCCAACAGAGGGGCUGGGCAGUCACGGCUUUACUUUGGAGUUGGCCCGGAGCUGCUGGCUGGGGGGUCUCUGGAGAGCGUCUGAUACUCCCCUCAUUUUGUGGAAGGGACAAAGCUGAGCAGGGGAUGGUGAUGACCGUCCCCACUGAUGGUUUUCUUGGGGUCCCAGGGUGCUGCUCCAGGGGGGCUGGGGUGGUUGCCGGCUGCCCGCCCAGCCCUGCCCCCGUCCCGGAUCUGCCUGGUUACAUGGGCAGGUCCUCCGGCCAGGCAGGCAGGAUGAACGGGGGGGGGCUGCUGCCGGGGUCAGGAUGGCCCCCCCCCGGGACCCUUAGGAAGUGGCGGGUGUCCUGGUCUCGGGGGGGUGGCACAGUGGCGACUGAGGCCACGGCCACAAGGUGGGGCGCCCCUUGGCUGGCCGGCGGGUAUUCCUGGUUUCCGUUAGUCCUCCCUGUUUCUUAACUGCGCUUUCGUAACAGUUAUAACCGAACGGAGCCACGGGGCGGGCUCGUUCGAGCCCCAGCAGCUGUGAUUACAUUACAGUCGCUGAUUUCCAAGAAGCCCCACGAGGGAAUUCGUUCAAGCCCGCGGUGGAGGCGGGCGCCCUGCAGGUCUGAGAUGACAGGCCUCGAGAUGCCAUCCCUGCCCUCUAGACUGCCACCAAGCAGGGACACUGUAGGGACAGAGGCCCCCGCCAGCUCCUGGGGGCGACCAUAUCGGCAGGUUCUCGGCUAACACACAGGCUGACCCCGUCUAGCCUCUGCUCGGAGCCCCUGCCGGGGAGCUAGCUGGCCUGGGGCUCUGGCCACCUCUCUCCCUCUGCGUUUCCAGUGGCUUAGGGGCCUGGAGGUUCCCCAGGUGGGCAUCUGGGUCCUGAGUUUGGUUCAGUGUCCGCCCUUGGGAACUCUGUCCCAGGUUCCUUGUCCUGGAAUAGAUGAACACGCGUGGCCACAUCAUGUCUUUUCCCCCGAGACUGUUGGAGAUCCUUGACCUUGGGCUGUGGUGUUGUAGGUCAGCCCCUUCUUUUUGUUGGAGCAGCCACCCGUGAGGUUAGCCAUCCCUGGGAGGGGCUGUCCAAGGCCGUCCCCACGCACACGGGCUCCUGCUCACGCCGCUGGGCCUGGGCUGGGGGCUGCUCCUGGUGGAAGCGAGACCAGUGGGUUUUCCUGGUGCCUGCCUGGGGCCCAGAAACGCUGUUCUUGCGGCGAUUGACAACACAGCGGUGCGGUUACUCACUUAUUCUUGAAGGUAUAAAGUCAGUUUUACACUCAUGCUGGAAAUGGGGUCUGUUCACCUGUCACUGACGUCCCGGCCAGUCUGGGAGGCCGUGGUGCCCGCCCGCCGCAUGGGGUAGGUGCUUUACUGAGUCUUGUGGCGGUCCAGCUCAGGUCUGGGUGGCUGUGCUCUCCCCGAGCUCGUUCUGCCUGGGAAAUCAGAGGGCCCCGACUGUGUCUGGAGAGGAGACCCCACCUGGUCUGCUCUCUGCCCCCCUAGAGUAAGGUAAGUGAAAGCCCCACACAGUUUCCUUUGUCGGCUGCAUUCUGCACAACCUGGGUGGGGGUGGUCUGUGCGUUUGCCAUAGAGUUGAUGACAGUUUAAGAGCCCAGUGCGGUGGGCUGACUCGGGGAGAACCGACCACGCAGCUUUCCCCGGACGGAGCCCCCCAGGGCGGCAGAGGGAGGGAGGGCCCUGUGGCCGCAAGUGGGACUCUACUGUGCCUCCGCCUUCGUCCCAGAGGCCACCCUGCUUCCCCCUUUUCUUGCUUGCUUUCUUGCUGAGGCAGGAGGGCAGGCCAGGUGUCCCUUGUCCAGGCUGUACCUUGACGGGUCAAAGGCUGAGAGCCAGGGAGCCGGGGCCCACCCAAGGGUGUCCUGGGCAGCCCGGGGUCUGCAGGCUCUGCCCCACGGGAGCCGAGCCGGUGUGAGAUGUCCCCUGCGAGAAGCCAGACGGCCACGCUGGUAGCUGGUCCCAUGGGGGAGCUGGCCGGCUGGCCUGGCCCCGUGUCCCCACAGGCUCCUUGUGGCCCUUGGCCCUCACUGUGGCUCCUCGUGGUUCCUCGUGGUUGGUCUCAUCCGGGAGGAAUGCCCAGACAUUCGAGUGGGUGGUUUUCAGGUUCUCUGCCCUAAACUGAUAGAGUGUGCACUUUGUUUUAAAAAGCCAUGAUUGAAGUCAAAUUAACAUAUUUACCUUCAGUGCUCCCAGGGGAACCGUUAGGGAUCGGGGAGGUGGUGCGGCAGCGGCGGGCACAGUGACGGUGGCUGGCGGCGGUGGCGCCGGCUCUCCGGCUUCGGGGACAGGUGCGGGUCCCGUGCUGACCCCCGGCCUCCCCACUGCGUCAUGGCGUCUCCUGGGCACCCUGCCCCUGGAGGAGGUGGAGACGGACUGCGCCCUGGCCCCCCCACCACCUUGGCCCCCCGUGCCUGGGCCCUUGUCCCACUUGCAUUUGGCACUGGGGUGGGUCCCUCUGGCCCAUAUGGCCUUGGUGGCUUGUGGCCCAGGAGCGCUUAGUCCCGGAGUCCUGUCUGGACCAGGAGGCCUGAUACCUGCCCUCGAGGUGCAGGUCCGGUUCCUGGGCCAGCGAGCCCAUCCCUUCCCGGCUCAGACCCUCGAUUUCCCGGUCUGUAAGAGGAGGAUGGGGUGUCGCUCUGGAGCUUAGGUAGAAAAGCCGGCAGGACCUGGACGUUGCGGCCACAGGCGGUACAGGGAUCAUUGAGCCCCUGCCCCUAUGUCAGCUUUCCCCGGGGGACAUGGAGUUCUGGGGUCUUGGGAGUUUGGCUGAGGGGGUGGCCAUCCUGGGGAGCCCCCCCGGCUGCGGUGCAGGGUGGGGGUGUGGGGACGCAGCCUCUGGCCCCCCCCAAGAGUAAUUUUUAAGAAACGCGUGCAUGGAUUGCUGAGAUGACUUGCAGAAAUGUUCCUCGCAGAAGCGGGGAUGCAGUGACAUCACGUACCCGACUUCCUGCCCUGAAAGGCACGGUGUGGGGCAUGGAGUGCUUGGCGGCUGUCCCCCAUCCUUCAGUGCUCAGGCUGCGGCGGUCACCUGCUCUGUUAGGCGCGCCUGGCCGUACAGAAACGGUCACGGAUCCUGAGUGCGGACUUGGAUCCGUUCCUCAGCAGCUGACACACAGCUGGGUGUGCAGGGCGGGGGGAGCGGAGAGUCCGGUCAGAGCGCCCUCCCGGACCCUUGUCCCCACAGCCCACCUGCCAGCCCGCCGGGCUCCCAGCACCUGGAUGGGUUUGCUGGUGUCGAGCCUCUGGUGAGGGCGUGAGGCGCGGCUCCCUUUACUCUGCGCCCCGGCCAUCACUGCGUCCCCGUGGGCACCUGUUGUCCUGGACGUGCUUGCUGGACAGGUAUCCCUUGGGGACUCCCCCGUCUUCAGCAGCUGAUUUGUUGUGGGCUCUGGGGUUGGUCCUGCUUGGAGGUGCUGGCCGGCAGCCUCUUCCUGGGGCAUGGGGGGUACAGGUAGGUGCCCCCCCAGGCCUUGCUCCGUCUCCCCGGUGACUAACCCUGCCCUGCCUUCUGCUUGGUGCCUUUGGAUGUCCCCCCUGGUGUCUGGUCUUGGCUUGCUCCCCCCUUCCUGCUAGACCGGCUGUGGAGUUCUUGAGAUGUUCUGAUCGCAAGUCCUUGGCUUUACAGGUCCGGCAUGUGUCUCUUCCUCCUUGUUGGUCCUGUCCCCACGCCCGUCUUUCAGAUUCUCGAUUUCUGUGUAAGGCGGUUUACCAGCCUCUUCCUUAAUGGCUGGAGCUGUGUGUCCUGCUCGGGACCUUUUUACCAAAAGCCACGUGUUUCUUCUGUGCCUGACGUUUGACUCUUGCACCUUUCACACGGAAGUUUGACGGAUUAUUAGUUAAAAAAUUUUAAGGGUGAAAUAGAUGUGACAUAAAAUUUAUCAUUUUAAGUAUUUCUAAGUGCACAGUCCGGGGGUGUGAGCCCGUUCACACCGUUGGGCACCCUCCCUCCGUCCAUCCCCAACACGUGGUCAUCUGCCCACGCUGGACUCUGUCCUGUUAGACAUUGACCCCCGCCCCCGCCCCGUGUCUGUGGGUCCGACUGCCCUGGGGCCUCCUGGGAGUCGAUCCUUCGGGGUCGGUCCCUCUGUGCCGGGCGGACCUCACCGGGGACCACGUCCUCCUCGUUCACCUGUGGUGUAGCUGGUGCCAGGAUUUCCUUCCUUUUUAAGCCUGAAUUAUGUUCGGUGGUGUGGACGGGAAAGCUGGUUCAAAGAGCAUUUGAGGAACUGAGUAUUUAUAGUAUUUAUAGUCACUGAAGAAAGAAUGCUGGGGUCCGGCUGUUCAGUUAGUUACAAAAUUGCUUAAUGUCCCCAAGGACAAGAAAGCCAGAGCGUUCAGGGUUCUCUUUGCUCCUGGACAGAAAUCAUCAUUUGUGUCUUUUUCGGGCACAAGUCUAAGAGCCGACACCACGUGGUCUGGGGCAUAACGAACAUCAGACAGCAGGUCAGGCGGGGGAUCUGAACUGACCCCUGCGUGAGACCGUCCUGGAGACCGUCCUGGGUGCGCCUGUGGACCCUUCCCCCGUCCCACGGGAAGGGCCCACGGUUAACCCUCUGCUGUCUUUCCGAGCUUCGGAAAGUUGUUCUUAGCAGGACCCUUUUGUGCUCCUGAAAGAUCUCCAAAUACAGUUUUAU